AAGCAAAAUCUUUAAAAAGAUCUCGUUAAAGUGAAGAUACCAGAUGUAAAUUAUUACUUAUCGACAGCAAAUCACAGAAGAUUAAUUUUUAUCUUAUGAGGCCAUGAAAAGAAUUUAGUAGGCCAUCCCUUAUAUAUCUCUGCAAAGCUUCGAUCUCUUCUUAUUCAUCUGAAACACAUAAUCAGAUCCAUCGGGUUACUCGCUCACGUUGCACCAAUGAAUAUUUUCUUCAUAGUUUUUGUUUGUUUUUCUCUCUUCAUAUCCCAACAUAUCACUCCUUCAGUGGCACUGUCAAUUGGUGUGGCGUAUGGAACAAAAGGUGACAAUCUUCCAUCUCCAGCCCAAGGAUUCGGCAAGUUACAAGAGAGACAUGUUCAUAGAGUCCGACUCUUUGAACCAGAUCCUGAUAUUCUAGCAUACGUGAACAGUAACCCUGCAUUUCAAAUCAUGCUUGGGACACUCAACGACGAUAUUACAAAACUUGCAAGUGACCCAAACUUUGCAGCAACAUGGGUCAACACCAAUAUCGCGGCGUACCCAAAUAUUAAUUUCAAUUAUAUAGUAGUCGGUAAUGAAAUUCCAUUCCCUAGUGACCUAGCAAAUUCUCUUCCUCAAGCUCUGACGAACCUUGACGCUGCUAUUAAAUUAACUGGACGAACGAUUCCAGUUAGCACCGCUGUUUCAUCAGCCGUGUUGGGGUUGUCAUUUCCACCAUCUGCAGGGGCGUUUAAUAACGAUUCUGUCUCAAUAAUGGGAACAAUCACAGCUUUCUUAGAAACAAAUCAGUACCCUCUUUUUGCUAACAUUUAUCCUUAUUUUGCGUAUGCUAAUAACCCUGAGCAGGUUAGGUUUGAUUAUGCAAUGUUCAAUACUAGUGAUGUUGUUGUUCAAGACGGAGACCUUCAAUACAAGAAUUUGUUUUUUGCCAUGGUUGAUGCCGUCAUUUCGGCUCUGGAAAAGGCUGGUGGACCGAACGUUCAAAUCGUGGUGACUGAAACUGGUUGGCCUUCAGCUGGGAACGGUGAUAUAGCCACGGUCGCAAAUGCUGAAAUGUACAUCACUAAUCUGCUUGGCACAUUGUUCAUAAACGAAGGGUCGCCGAAGAGACCACGCCAUGAUUUGGAGACAUACAUAUUUUCCAUGUAUAACGAAAAUCUAAAGCCUGAAGGGGUCGAGAGAAACUUUGGAGUUUAUCAACCUGAUCUAACAGAAGUAUACCAUGUCUAUUGGCCAGACAAUUAACAUUACGCAAAAACUAUUACAAAAAGAAUAAGCAAUGCUUACCAUAGUCAUUGCUAAAUAUCAAUAAUCCCAAAUUGAGAGUCAUGUAUUGCGUCUAUGUAAAAUGAACUGAAUUGGGAGUUCCAUAUGUUUCACAUGGUUAUUACUAAUUAAAUGACAUUAUU